AUGAGGGCUGGUGUUUGGGUAGAAGUAAUUGAUCGCAUCUUUCUCCUUGUCGCCGGUAUUCCUGGCAAUCUCUGCAUCAUCAUGGUGUACAGGAAGCGCAGGACUGGAGGGAGUACCCGUCUGUACAUAAUCGCCAUGGCGGUCGUAGACUUGGCAAUUUGCUUGUUGAGUCCCGCCAUGAUCUAUCACAAGCGCUCUCAAGGCCGAUAUACCAGUAUUAUCUUCUGCAAGAUUUUUGUCUUUGUUUACACCUCGUUGUGGAAUCUGUCUCUUCUGAUUAUGGUGGUGAUCGGAAUCGACCGCUACAUCAAGGUUUGCCAUUACACACGACCAAAGAUCAAUCGUCGGCGAGCGAAAAUCACCAUUGCUUUCUGCAUCGUGGUUUCUUUUGCCUCGAACAUUUCUUUUCUCUUUUUUCUUUCUUUACAACGACUGGACACCGGUGAGGUGGUUUGUUCGCAGAACUCUGACGGUCAGUUUCAAGGGAUUAUCACAGGUGUAAUGUAUCUAGUGUCAUUCGUUACUGCGUUCGCUACAUAUGGGAUGAUCUACAGAAGCGUGAAGAUUCACACGAGGGUUCAGGCCAACCUGUUUGCUUCUCGCAGACCAGAUCCAGUGUGUCCUAUGGUGUUAGCCCGUGCGUCUCAUGUGGCUCCAUCUGCUAAUGACAUGACUGAGGCCAACACCAACCUAAGAACAUCUAGGUACGGUGCUUCAACAUCAGUACCAUCUGUAUCCGGGUAUGUACAUUUAGCUAAUCGUCAACGUGCAUUAGUCCAAGGACCAAUAGGCCCAGCGGUGGCUGUACACAGACUAGCAUGGUUGGACAACACUACCAGUAAUGUGCCAAACAACAGCGCCCUCUUGCCCACUUCUCACUUGUCCAAUGCUGGUAUGGUGGAUGAACCAGUGGCAUCUGGCAUUGUUUCAUACAAGAAAACGCCACUCGAUAAGACGACAAAGAUGAUGUUAGCAGUGACAGUUAUUUACUUUCUCACUUUGCUCCCAGAGGCUCUGGCAAGUAUGUUUCUUCGGGAAGUGAUAUCGAGCGCCAUGGAUAAACACAUUGUUUCGGAUAUAGUCCUUUCUUUUCUUCGGGACUUGUUGUCCAUUAACCACGUCAUCAACCCAGUUGUCUAUGGUCUCUUAAACAAAAGAUUUCGACAGGACCUUUUUAAACUCUUCAAAUUCUAA